GUGAGCUACGUUAAUUAAUUAGCAUGUUGUGCUAAAGGACAGUGUGUUAGAUGCCCAGGAGCACCUUGGCAGUCGAACGACUUCCUUUGUGUUGGUAUGCAUGUAACUACGUGUGUAGUGUUAGCUGCUGGCAUGAGAGACCCGAUCUGAGAGUACCAAAACGUUAUCUGCAGUAAAGCAAUCACUACUUUGUUUUGGAGCCGGAGACAGGGGUUACCUGCCACAUGUCUGCUGUGUUGUGCUACGAUUAACGUUAGUUAUAUGCAGGCACGGACACAGAAAAGUUGCUUCGCAAAUGUGUAUUGCUCACUUACUAAAUCUAAUGUGAAAUGAGGGAUUUGCGUGGGUUUGCUCGGAUUAUGAUUUGCCAGAUUUUGCCUUAUCAAAUUGAUUUUUUAAUCAUCAUUUCUGUCUACAUAGCUUUGUUUCAUGUAACAUGAGAAAACAGACACAUAACAUAUUAUCUCCUUUUGUGUUUAGCCAAGCACAUCUGUACAGCAGCCUGUGGUGCAUCAUGUUGCCUGCCAGACAGACCAACCAGUGACAUGCACAGUUGGCACACAGCUUUCCAUGAGAACUCUCCAGCCUCACUUCAGAAGCACAGAGACCACGCAAAAGGGCUCGCUUGGAACUGGAGGAGGAGGAAGAGGAGAAUCCAUUGGAGGGCAGUUCAUCCAUGGACAUUCCCGACCCCAAGGAUUCUUCGUAUGAUCCUGAGGACUCUGUCACAGUUUUGUCUGAGUCAGCAGAUGUGACACUGGAGCCUUCCUGCCCUGUUCAUAAGACACCAGCAUAUAUUGUCUAUGAAAAGUGUCUGAUGGAGCUGUUUGAGGUGUGCCCUGUCUGUCAGCGUGUUUCAGACGUGCAGACAAGAAGGAUAGGCACGUUCCUCUCUGUAGAACAGACAUGCCCACAUUGUCAGUUCUUCAGAAAAUGGAACAGCCAGCCAAUUCUGGGAAGCACACCUGCAGGAAACCUCCAGCUUUCAGCUGCAGUAUACACCACAGGUGCAUCUUUCUUCAAACUUGAAAAGAUCUUCCGGGCAAUGCAGCUGAAGAUGUUUCAGUAUGACACUUUUCGCCGUCAUGCACGGACGUACAUAGAGCCUGCCAUCAUACACACGUGGAAGACUGUGCAGGACGCCAUGAUGGAGCAGCUUAGUCAGCAGGAGAGUGUUAUCCUAGGUGGCGACCUAAGGGCUGACUCACCAGGGCACUCUGCCAAGUUUGGCAGUUACUCAAUGAUGGACCUGAGGAGCAACACUAUUAUUGACAUACAGCUGGUUCAGAGCAACGAAGUUGGUGGAAGUUAUCACAUGGAGAAAGAAGGUCUGAAGAGGAGCCUUGCUCUCUUGGAGGCACGUGGUGUUGCAUUGGACAGCAUUGUCACAGACCGUCACCCUCAGAUCCAGAAGUUCCUGAGGGAGGCCAAAGUGACACAGUACUACGAUGUCUGGCACAUGGAAAAAGGACUGUCCAAAAAACUGGUCAAGAUAGCCCAGAACAAAGAUUGCGCGAAGCUGAAGAAGUGGCUUCGCAGCAUAAAGAACCAUGUGUACUGGACAGCAGCCUCCUCUACGUCAGGGCCAGAGAGAGUGGCUAAGUGGACCUCCAUUCUUAACCAUGUCCAAGACAUUCACACACAUCAAGAUCCUGCUUUCCCCCAGUGCUUGCAUCCGCAGCGCACCUCGAGAGACAAGAGCAAAUGGUUGACAGCAGGAACACCAGCUUUCUGCAGGCUAGAAAAGGCGUUGACUAAUAAGAGAAUUCUGAAAGAUGUGGAAAAGCUCAGCCCUCACUAUCAGACCUCAUCGCUGGAGGCAUUUCACAGCGUCAUUCUGCGGUUUGCACCCAAGAAUGUUGUCUUCCCCUACCUUGGAAUGUUAUGCAGACUCUACCUGGCUGCCCUGCAUUACAAUGAAAAUACUGGCCGACCACAGGCAACAUCUACAAGUGGAGAGCUGCUGUACAGAGUCAACUUCCCCAAAUCUAAACAUGGAGAAUGCACCGCAAAGCCUGUGAAAGCAGAGCCAACAUUCCACUACGUUGAUGCACUGUUGGACCUGAUCUUCGAGAAGGUUUUCCAGGACCCUGCCCCAUAUGUGAACGAGGUGCUGAAACUUACAAUCCCUGAAGACCUCUCUGCUCAGUAUGAAAGACCCGACAAGCUGGAUGUUAUAGCCAGUUACGUGUCAAGGUUCAACCAAGGACAGGUCUGAACCCAACAUACUGUCCUUCUGCGUCAGGGAACUCUGCACGAAUCCUUAGCACCACGCAGGCAGGCAGCACAACUCUCACUCUCCGCCCCAGAAAGCCCCAGCACCAGCUUACAAAGCUUCUGUAGGCUAGGUAUCUAUAUUGGCUGGACACAAUUCAAUAGAAAGUCAGCACUGAAUGUUCACAUCCAUGGCAACUGGCAAGUUCAACUGUUCCACUUCAGAUAUUUAUUUUGUAUGUUUACAAAUGUUUCUUGCAAUAAAACAUCUUUACUAAC